AAUCAGGCAGACUGUCGUGUAUAUACCUACUAAAGUUUAAUUUAAAGCGCUUUAGAUUGGCUUAUGUUAGCUAGGUAGAGCGUUAUAUCAAAUGUUGUAUAUUUUAUUUUUAUAAAAAAAACAUGGUAAAAAUGUCAGCGAUUGGAAUCGCAUUAUGCGUUUACUUACAAUUCAUGCAGUCAACUUCAGCACUGAAUUUUCGCAUUGGAGAACACAGGAAGGGUAUUAAGCUGUCGAUUACCUCAGUGUUUCGUACACAGAUCCAAAACACACUUGCGUCGUGUCAAAAAAGUUGCAUUGCAACGGCAUCUUGUGAGGCUUUCACUUACAAUCUCCGUGACCUGAGGUGUCUCUACGGCAGUACAGGUUCCGAGUUCGAAUCAACAACGGAUCUGGACUACGUCACGAGUCCCAGCCAGUGGACACCGGAGGAUAAUGAGAACUUGAUCCACCCAUGCGCACACAGAACAUGCCAGAAAGGUUCCGAGUGUUACGUGAUGAAAAACGGAAAUGCCGUUUGUAUCAAAACAGAAUGCACCGAAAGCCCUUGGCUGUCCGUGGCGAAUUCCACAACUCUGUCUCUUGAGCGGACGGUCGGACGUACGGUCGGCAUCGUCUGCAAUGACGGAUUCAUAAUAAACGGUAAUCAGCAGAGGACGUGCAAAGGUAACGGACAGUGGACAGGUGUGAACACGACCACGUGCAUCGAGUGUGCAAACGUAACCCACUACACGACCUACGAGACAGCUAUACACCACUGUUUAUCCGAAGGCAAAGGACUGCUUCAGUAUGGACAUAGAACCCCAGCACUCCGUAAUGUCACACAAGGGAGAUGUAAGACGUGCCCCAGUGACUUAGUGGCUUACCUACAUAAAAGAUACCUAGACGCCGACUGCACGACAGGCUACACAAACAACUUAAACUGUACCUGUCAUUUUACAACGGCUGCUCCAGAUAUGAAAAUAGCAAUAGCGACAGAGUUCCUGGAUUUGGAAACUAAUUAUGACUUUUUGUAUAUAUUCGACGGAGAAAAUGCGACCUACCCGAUCCUCGGCAGCUAUACGGGAACGACGCCAUUUGCACUGGUCACCACUGGGACCGAUGCCUUUAUGGCACUGAAGACGGAUCAUUUGUUUGUAAAUUCUGGCUUCCGACUGUCCUACCGCAUGGUUCCGCCUGACGUCGCCAGUGACACACCUUCAUCUCUGAAUCUGGGAGACAUUCCCCGUUACCUCUGGUUGGACGGAUACCUUGAUGCUAAAAAUCACCAAUUUCAAUUACCAAAUGGUGAAGUCGUCAGUAUGAGCACGUUGACCUUAGAUGCUGCUGCUAAACUUUCACGGUUGUGUUACGACCCGGUCUUCGACCAACUUAAAGCAUUUGAUGACACCGAUUACUGCAACACGUACUGUGAAACCCUGUGAUGGCACAACUAAGACAAUAACUUUAUGAUAUUGCAACUAACAUAAUGAAUGACAACUAACGCGUUAUGUUACAACAAUCAUCUUGAGUGACAACUUUCCUGUUAUGUUACAACUAACAACAUAAGUGACAACUUUUCCAUUAUGUUACAGCUAACAUUAUGAGUGGCAAAAACUCCGUUAGGUUACAACAAACAUGAAUAUCAAAUAUAUCUUCCGAUGUGUUUCAACUGAUAAUGUGGUUACAAAUAACACCUUUUAUGUUAUAACUCCUUUUUUGUUACGUAUGUGACAAUACGACCGUAACCUUGAUUUAAUGGUUUUGAGAUUGGUAAUCAAAAGUUUGUAUAAUGCUGAGUUGAACCACUAACAGAGACAGCGAUAAAACGUUGUUUUUAAGGAUUAUUGGCAAGUUUAGCAUCCAAUACAAACGAGGCAGGUCCUAAUCGUUAUCGUUAGUAGUAACGCGGAAAUUUUGUAAUACAGAAGAGUGAUUAGUUUGUAUUUUGUCUUUCAAUAGGUUUAUCUGACUGAACGGUGCACUUUAGAAAAGAAUUCUUAUUUGACACAGGACAGCUUGGCAAAGUAUAGUGUUGAGUUUUAGUGUGAUAUAAGACUGACAGGUAUAGUAUAGUGAUGAGUUUUAGUGUAAUACAGGACAGACAGGUAUAGCAUAGUGAUGAGAUUUAGUGUAAUACAAGACUGACAGGUUUUGUAUAGUGGUGAGUUUUAGUGUGAUACAGGACUUUCAUGUAUAGUGGUGACGAGUUCUAGUGUGAUACAUAACAGAUAGGCAAUGUAUAGUGAUGAGUUUUAGUGUGAUACAUGACUGAAAGUGUAGUAUAGUGAUAAGUUUUAGUGUGAUACAGGACUGAAAGGUGUACUUAUGUGGUGAUGAAUUCUUGUGUGGUACAGGACAGACAGGUAUAGUAUAGUGGUGAGUUCUAGUGUGAUACAUGACUGACAGGUUUAGUAUAGUGAUGAAUUUUAGUGUAAAACAAGACUGACAGGUAUAGUAUAGUGAUGAGUUCUAGUGUGAUACAGGACUGACAGUUAUAGUAUAGUGAUGAGUUCCAAUGUGAUACAGGACUGAUAGGUAUGGUAAAAUGAUGAAUUUUAGUGUAAUUAAAGACUGUCAGGUUAAUUAUAGUGAUGAGUUCUAGUGUAAAACGGGACCUACGAUCGUAUAUUUGAUUUAAGAUGAUUGUUAUAAAUGUAUAUUUUAUGACAAUUCGCGUUCGCGCGUAAUUGUUUCUUGUCAGCGUAUGCAAAUUGAUUAUUUAUUAGUGCUUAAUUUCAGUUGGCUAUCUUAAGAGCAGUGUCGUGUUUUAGUGUUAAGUGUUCUAUUUUUAAAAUGUACAUAUAUGUAAAUAAAACAAAAUAGUGUUCAAUUACAUUUUGUCGUCCUUGUCAAUAUAACAUGAUUAAGUGAUAGUUUUGACUUUUCCUGUUUUGUUAACAUAAUAUAUUUCAUCGC